AUGUCUUCGUUCUCAACGCAGGGCCGACUUGCCGCAAGGCUGGCUCAGCAAGCCCAAUGGCGCAUCGCCGCCAGCCAGCCUCAAAGCCUGUCAGCAGCGCGGGCAACAUGCCAACACCGAGCAGUAUCGCGACGAACACCAGCUCCGAUCCGAACGCCUCUCUACUCCCACAGCUUCUCGACCUCGUCGCGGCUGCUCCUUGAGCAACAGUCCCCUCCAAGCACCGCUCCAAGCACCGCUCCAAGCACCGCUCCAAACGCCCCACAAUCACAACCACAGUCCUCCCAGCCCGACCCUCCACCACGCCGACGACGACCCCGCUGGGUCUCCGCCGCGAUAUUCCUCCUCCUCGGCCUCGCGACAGGCACAGCCGUCCGCGCCGUCCUCUCGCCGCCGCCGCCCCUCCUCCCAGGCACCGACGUAGACGAGUCCCUCACCCGCGACAUCCGCGCCGCCGCCGCCCAGCUGCCGGUCGUGAAGCGCCUCCUCUCGGACCCGGAGUGGUCCUCGUUCCACCACGAGGCCUACGAGGGUGUCCCGCGCGAGGCGCGCCCCCAGCGCAUAACCACGGGGCCCCUCGCGGGAUCCCGCGGCGUCGGGGCGUACCAGCACGUCUUCCACAACAACGCGACGGGCGAGGUCGCCGCGGUCGUGUACCUGGGCACCGGCACGAUCGGCUGGCCGGGCGUCGUCCACGGCGGCGCCGUCGCCACCCUGCUGGACGAGCACUCGGCGCGCGCCGCGCUCAAGGACCUCGCGGCCGGCGGGGGCGGGGGGCUGCUCACCGCCAACCUCGACAUCGCCUACAAGAGGCCGACGCUGUCGUCCGACUUCUACGUGCUGCGCGCCCGCGCGGUGCCCGAGGAGGGGCUGGCGCCCGAGGAGAGGGGCAAGAGGGGCAGGAAGGUCUGGGUAGAUGCCACUGUCGAGACGGUUGACGGCAGGACGUGCGUCGAGUGCCGCUCGCUGUUUGUGUCGCCCAAGUCGGUGAACCUAAGGAGGGUGCCGGAGAAUUUCUAG